GUCAUCAUUAGGUAUCAAGGGGUCCCCAUUACCUCCUAGACCCAAAUCAAGCCAUCCAGCACGUUCCCAGCACGCAGAGAGCAGCGCCUGAACGCACCGCACCGCACCGCACCGCAACGCAGCCACGGAUCCAGCGAGAGCGAGAAGGGAAUUGGAAGCAGAAUAGUCUGGUCCUGGUUCCUUGGCCCCGGCCCUGGCCCUUCUGCUAGUAGGUACUGCUACUACUACUGCUACCAGCCUACCACUGCUGCUGCUGCUGUGUCCUGACUGUGUCCUCUGUCUGUCUUCCCGAGGUGGCGGUGUUGUGUCCGCUGCAUACGCAUUACACGUAUAAACAUCAGUAGCCCUGCUGCUCACCCGCCCUCACCGACCUUGCCUUGCUGCUCCUCCGCGCGCGCUAUUCUUAUUCUUGUUCUUGUUGCUGGCAGCCGGAAGUCCCACCGUCGCGCGUUUCUGUCGUGCGUCCUUGACUUGAUCCUACUCCUGGUCCCGCCGCACUUAAUCACAACGCUCCUUACAACGUCCGCACUCCGCACGCUGGACGUCCAUAUACACGACUCCGACCACGACGUUGCCGCCGUCGCCGCCCGUACAUCCGCCGCCGCCGUCGCCGUCGCCGUCGCCGCCUCCUCCUCCUCUCCUCUCACCUGUUACCACUCCCGGUGCGAGGACACGCAGCCGCCCUCUGCACCUGCCAGUAGCGUUAGCAUUGGUCUGAGAACCAACACUGCGCUGUCUGUCUGUCGACUGGACGACGUAGCGGACCUGCAUCGGUCGGAACGGGCAUCAUCAACAACGCAUACAUCCCAUCACACCCAGCCCAGUACACAUUCACUACCAUCCGCCCGACCAACUCCUCGCUCUCCCCUCCCCUCGCGCUGCACACCAGCUGUGGCCGCCACGAUGCAGGACGGCACAUCGUCCCCUACGCCCUCCUCCCUCCUCCCUGGAUACACUCCUCAUCGACCGCAGAUGCCCACGGAGCGUCCCCAUACUAUGCACGCUUCGCCUGCUUUCAGCUUCGUCGCCGAACAGAAUGAUCAGGAGUACGACUCGGUGUCCGAUCACGGAGAAUCCACGCCGCGUGCGUCCGCUGUUGAGCCCAUAUGCUCCAGGGGUGCUGAUGUACAACGAAGACGAAUGUCCCGCGACGACACUGCCAAUGAUAUGCACAUGUUCGCUGGGUCAGGCGAUGUGCACGCUGUCGCUGCCGAUAGCGAGGCCGGUGCGGUCGACACCUUUGGAUUGUUAUGGGGGGAGAUACCACCCCAUCUGACUGAAGAUGAAUACCGCAUUGAGCAUGCUCGUCUGCAGCAGCUGCAGCAGCAGCAAAGAGCCAGAAAAGGGCCAUCAUCAGGCGUGAUCACGGACGCAGAGCACGCCGAGUCGUCCAAGUCGUCAUCAUCCAUUGGCAGGCGCUUCUCCAAGUACUCCAAGGACCGCGUGAACAACCUGCGUGAGAGCAUGCACCGGUAUGCACUGCCCGUGUCAGUUGGACGUGCCAGGAGAUCAAGCACACCCAACCCCAUUGACUGCCAGGACGUGGCAUGUCUGAACUCUGCCAUGCAGUUAUCCAAACAACCCACGUCUCCCUCCAAACGCAGCGCGCGACACGACAUUGACAGACCGCGCAAGUACAGAAACAACCUUUUUCCCACCGGAGACCGCAAAGACACCCCUGCUCCUACCACACUUGGGCAAGGUCUGCCCGUUCGACCUGCCACAAGCAGUCGCUACGUUCCUGCCAUUAGCUCUGCCCCUGGAGGUGACGCUGCCCGAAAGGCUGCUGCUAUGCACAAUAACACACUACCAACACCCUCUACCAUAUCGGACUGGGUCAUCCCGGAGCAGGACUCGGACCACCGCAGACAUCGUUUAGGCUCUAUGAGCAGCGCAGCCGACAGUGGGGCAGACUUAUCAACUUACAGCGGUUCUGAUCUGGGCUCAACCCGCGACGUAGACGGGGAUGUCACCAUGAUGGAAUACGCCGACCCUCCUACUCGAGACUUCACCAAGUUAUUCCCUGUCGAGCUUUCUUACACCAUAUUUGAGUACUUGAGCCACAAGGAUCUUCUGCAAGCGGAGCAAGUCUGUCACAAGUGGAAGAAGCUAGGCGAGCACGCAUCUGUCUGGCGUACCAUCUUUCAUCGCCGAUACCAGCGACAAGUCUUCACCAACCCUGCGCCUGUCCAAGUCGGAGGCAACGGCAUAGGACUCCCGAAUUUGAAAUUCCCUAAGCAAGAAUGGCGCAAGAUGUACAAGGCUCGCGUCGAGCUCGAGAGGAACUGGAGACAAGGUGCAGGCAAUGCAGGUAAAGCAGUAUACUUGUCUGGUCAUACCGACAGCGUUUAUUGUCUCCAGUUUGACGAAGAGAAGAUUAUUACAGGCUCGCGCGACCGCACCAUCCGAGUUUGGGACAUCAACACCUAUCAAUGCCUGAAAGUUAUUGGUGGCCCGAACGUGAGGCCGGUAGCGGGCCCCAAGGUGCUUCGUACUGUUGACUACCCGCAUUUUCAUAUGGCGACCGCCAGUGUGAAUGGGACUGCUUACGGGGACAACAUUUAUCACCAGCCAAAUCAAUAUCACGACGCCAGCAUUCUGUGCCUCCAAUACGACGAGAAGAUUCUCGUGACUGGCUCGUCCGAUUCAGAUUUGAUUGUAUGGAACAUCCACGACUAUUCUUUCAACAGACGACUGAGCAAGCACACCGGUGGUGUCUUGGAUGUUGCUCUUGACGCCAAACACAUCAUCUCUUGCAGCAAGGACUCGAAAAUCAUCGUCUGGGACCGGGAAACAUACGAGGCAAAGGGCGAGCUUACUGGUCAUAGAGGCCCAGUCAAUGCUGUACAGCUUCGAGGCCACCUGCUUGUCAGUGCCAGUGGCGAUGGUAUCGCUCGUCUGUGGGAUAUCAACCAAAUGAAGCUUAUCAAAGAGUUCAGUCCUAAGGAGCGAGGUCUUGCUGCAGUGGAGUUCAGUGAAGAUAUGAAGCAUGUCCUGGCCGGUGGUAACGAUAACAUUACCUACAAGUUCGAGACCGAGACUGGUCGCGAGGUCAUGCAAUACACUGGCCAUACACAACUCGUCCGGUCACUGUGGCUGGAUAGCGCCAAUGAGAGGGUGGUCUCUGGCAGCUACGAUCUCGAUCUCCGCGUAUACGACUUCAACACUGGCGCAGAGCUUUGGCGCGGCGAAGAAUGGACAACAAGCUGGAUGCUAGCAGCGAAGUCGGACUAUCGUCGAAUCGUGGCUACCAGUCAGGAUGGUCGGAUAUUGAUUGUUGAUUUUGGCAUACUCAAGGGUGCGCCAUGCUAUCAAUCUCGUGACGGUCAGCCUAUUGAGAACAUCGAUCUUCUUCGCGGUAUCGAACGUACCAGCCAGAUUAAGUUUCGCGAUCCAUUUGCACAGCGCAGAGACACUGUCAUCCGCAGGUCUUAGCAGGCGCGGGUACUGAUGAUCUGACAGUUGCCAUGGAUCAGCUAAAUCUUCAACCUCUUCGACUCUGGCGGUAGAGAAAUGCGUCAUUGAGGAAGAUCAAGCACUGCGGCUUCCUGUUCCGCAUGCAGCCUUUAGGCACGCUGCGCGAAGAUGGUGAGCAUCCUGUGCCAUGUCCAGGCUGGUGCGAAUUACGGAAGCAUAUUGUGGAGCAGAAGGCUCAAACGAAGGGUGUCACUGCGACGAGGUGUCGUGUUCGAAAUACUCACAAAUCAAUCGUCUCGUGUGCGGUUGUCCGGUGGCUUAUGUCUUGUGUGGCUGCAACACACAACCUGCAGUAGAAAGCGAGGAAACUUGGUCAAUCUUCUUUCUUUUGGAUACAAGCGGAUGGGAAGCGUGUCAACUAUCAUUCAUUUUCUGAUUGGAUAAAUAGCUGUCCUUGAGCGAAGGCAGACUUGUUAGCACUCGUUUUGAAUCGUAUGAUGAGAUAUUCUCCGUCAAACUUGUUCCAGUUUACUUCUUCUGUAAGCAUUAUUCUGUGCUGUGCAUGCUUGGCGUCGAAAAAGCCGUGUGAUGCUCGUUCACUCUACGUAAGUACCAUGCCUCGGCAUCUCGACUUCUGCGCAAGCCGGCUCCAUGUCGAAUGGGUUCAUCAAGGCACCUGACGAUAGGUGGUGCUAAGCAGGUACUAUGUAGGUAGCUAGGUACCAGGUAUCUAUCGAUCUGAAUAUGACUUGCCCGUCACUCAAGACGGAAUCUUUCCUUUUCUGGAGUGAACUUUGGAUGGAUCGCUUUGAAUGGAUGCAAGGCACAUGCCGCAAGCAAGCAGAGCAGCGUUCUCAAGAAGAGACGUCGUGUCGUAGCAGGUGUGUGACUCGAAGGAGCAUUCUGAAGGUAAGGUAGGUACCUGUACUUUUCCCACUUGCUGUCCAGAGGGGAGGCCCUUCUUUCCCACUCGUUUCGUGGCUUGAUUUUCCCUUGUUUUGAUUUGGUUUUCCUUCUUUACCAAACAAUUCGACACCCUUGGACUGAUAGAAGAACUAUAAGCUUUGAUUUGUGGAGGUGGAGGAAGUCGCACGUUUGCACCACCACCGACCGAGUGAUCUUGUUCGUCACCGUUCGUGGUGUCUGCGAGAAGCGUGUGUUCUCGGAAGCUGUCGUGUGAUAUGAUAUGUAAUGUGGAGGCCCCUCCAGUGUUGCUCCCCCCUCCCCCAAUCCGCAUGGCCAUCCCAUAGUAGCCUGCAAGAGAUCCAUACUCCCUUCGUCCACGACCACCUUUUGUCGUCCGUCCGCUUUGGAUUCACAUGUCUGAUGAAUGACCCCGUCCGUCUGUGUCUCUCCCUGGUUUUUUCACUUAUCCUUCCCAUCUCCCAAGGUCAAAAUACCCUUCAACUCCUUCUUCACAACCUCUGCCCCGUCCUUAACGACCUCUAUCGGAAUCGCCAAAUCUGGUGCAGAAACGUUCCCGCCGCUGCCGCCUCCACUACCGCCGAUAUCUCCCAUGUUCUGCAUAAUCAUCCUCAUUGCCUCAUCGUAGGUGGCCGCGUCCCCGCUCCGGAACAAGCGCUCGACGUAAUCUCGCACGUUUUGCGUCCAGCCGGCUGCUUCGAGGCGGUCUUGGAAUGCGCUUUGGAUUCUUUUGAUUCCUCCGUUUUGGAGGAGUGCCAGGUUGAUGCUGUCUUGGACGCUGGGAGUGUAGGCGCUGGUUGUGCCGUUGACGGAAACUUUGCGAUCUGCCAUUGUGCGCUGGUUGUGGAUGGCGGCACGCACUGAGGCUGUGGGAGGAAGGGCUGGGUGACGUGCUUGGAGUCUCGGCCUCGGUAGCGUAAGGUAUA